AUGUCGUACUCAUUCCUCUCCGAGACAGGCGCUCUCGCCCUCGCCAUCAUUCUCAUUAUCCUCUCGACUAUCCGCUGGUUCGGACUCCUUUUGCAUCACCUUGGCCGUAAGGUAUACCGCACUACUCGCCGUCGUGGUUUCUUCCCCAACAUCUUCCUGGAAAACGUCGCUAUCAUUCUCCCCGUCGUCGACCACCAGAGCGAAAACUUCAUGCCAACUGUCAGAAGCAUCCUGAGGAAUAUCCCUGGACAACUCUAUAUCAUGGUUGUCGGUAGAGAGGCCUACGACGAAGUCAUGUCUCAGAUGGAGAUUCUCAGACAAGAGUUUCGAUUCUCUCAAAUCCACAUCGGUGCGGUGCACGAAGCUAACAAACGUCGUCAGAUUGCUCACGCUUUGAGUACUCUCGACUCUGAAAGUUCUAGGUUGACGGUAAUCACUGAGCAGGGUACAUACUGGCCUACCACACUCCUCAUGUCCGCCAGUCGUCAUUUUGAUGACCCCGAAGUCGCUGCCAUCACCGUCCCUAGGAUGGCGCACAUCCAACCUAUAGGCGGUGUCCGGGCAAACAUCAAAGCGCACCUCUUUUCCUUCCACUACGGUGUUCAGGCUGAGGACAACCGCGCUGUCAACAGUCUGGAUGGCUCUGUCCUGUUUGGUGGCCCUACAACUCUGGUGCAAACUUACCACCUGAAAGAGGACAAGUUCAAGAAUGAAUUCGAAAAGGAGAUGUGGUUCUUUGAACGAUCUGACCCUCUCAGUGGCGACGAGCAUUUUUACCUGAACCGUUAUCUCCUGGAAGGCAACAAGAGGACUCUCUUCCUGGACAGCCCCGAGGUGACGGUUUCGGUGGAGAUGAACUCUGUCUGUGAGUUUAUUGCUGCUGCUCAUAUGACCUGGUGGUCAACCCUUUUCUUCCCUCUUGCUCUAAUGAUCGAUAUCCCGAGCAUUAUCCUCACCUUCAACUAUAGUGUUCUCAACAAGGCAGCUCUGGUCGUAUGUAUCGUCGUUACUGUCUUGGUGGUUGGUACGCAAGCUAUCUCGAACCUGUUGGUGGCUAGACGCAUGCAUGGCAACAAAUCUAACGUCUUUGUCACGUUAUUUUGUGUGCUGGUAAGUCUUCCUUUUCAGCAUGUUCUCGAGAUUCUCAAGAUUGUAGCUAUGUUGACCUUUUGGAAGACAGAUGUUGAGUGCACAUCGCAGCACGACGUCAAUGUGCCAAAGAAAAGGAGUAUUCCUUGGAACUGGGGUUAA